AUGAAGAGAAAGGACUUUUGCAGCGACCCGGGACCUACGCAGGCGAUGAAAGGAAAAAGAAGACCAUCAAGUGAAGGAGAAGGAGAGGCAAGAAAGCAGAGAUGUGAAAGCCAUCAUUAUGAAGAAAGACCAGAGAAGAACAGCAAGAAGACUUCGAGAAGUAAUGGGCAGUUUCCUGAAGAGUGUCCAAAGAAGAGAAAGAGGGACAGAGAGGACAGCGAUGAAGAUCAAAACAACCAGAAAAGGCAACGGGCUGAUCCUACAGGACCUGACCCCCAAAAUAUAACCAGCUACGAGAUCCAUUCAUUGCUGGGAAAUGGAGGAUUCAGCAAGGUUAUGUUGGCUACACUAGGCGACAAGAAGCCACCUGUCGCCAUCAAGAUCAUGAAGAAAAGAUCAGGGUGCAUUACCAACAGCAUGCUGACCGAGGCCCGUGUGCUUCAAAUUACCAAUAAAAGCCCAUACCUUUGCCCUGGGUAUGCCGCAUUUCAAACACAGCGGCAUGUGCUCCUUGUUAUGGAACAUCUCAGUGGGGGCAGCCUGGAGGAUCAGCUCAAACAGGGACCAAUGGACAUGACCAGAGUACUUUUUCACUCCGCAGAGCUGGUGUGUGGUCUGGAGUUCCUUCACAACAGGGGCAUCGUUCACCGGGAUCUCAAACUGUCAAACAUCAUGGUAGAUGAAGAGGGCCACAUCAGAAUAAUAGAUUUUGGCAUGGCAAAGAUGAACAUAUUUGGCAACAACACCAUCACUGGCCUAGCCGGUACAUCAGGAUACAUGGCCCCAGAGAUCCUGGAAAAUAAAGAAUAUAAUGCAGCGGUCGACUGGUGGACGUUGGGCGUCAUCAUCUGCAAAAUGGCCACCGGCGAGUCCCCGUUCCUGGAUAGUGACAGCAGCGAUGAUGAGGAGGAUUAUGACAUCUAUGAAGAGCCCAGAAUUCCUACCUGGAUUGAUAAAGACCUUAAAGAUCUUUUAAAAAAGCUCCUGAAGAAGAAGCCUAAACAGCGCCUUGGUGUGUGUGGCAACGUCAGAGACCACCCAUUUUUUUCCUCUAUAGAUUGGGAGGAGCUGGAGAGACAGAAGGUUCCACUACCCUUUCAGCCAAGAGCAACACCAAUAAGGGAUCUUUCGAAGCCAAUCGAAGGUAAGGCUCUGUCUUUCCUGCAGCCCCAGAUGACUAACACCGCAUCAGGGGACACACAGCAGACUUCAGGCUUUUCAUUCGUGAGCUCCACCUGGCAAAGACCUCUAAAGCCACCAAACAUGGGAUGUCGAAUUUCCACCAUCAAAAUGAUGUCUGUGAAUGAUUUUGUAGGUGCAAGUGUACUGCGUCCAUUGUCGAGGGUGACUGUAGCUCCAGGGUUCCCCUGA